AUAUAAACAAACAUGGCUGCUCCCAGGUCUUGUCAUGAGUUUGAAAUAUCAGAACCUACUUAUUGUAGAGUAGCAACAAAUAACCUUAAAUUAGGUGAAUUUUCUUUUUCAAAUAAUAGCUUUUAUUUAUAAACAAACCAUUUGCUUAAAAGGGGGGUUGUGUGUUGAUUACUUUUUCAGCUUCAUUGUUGCAUUGCUCACAACUGAAUGAUCACGAAACACACUUCACACUCAGCACUGUGACUUAACUUAACUAGACUGUCACUUCAUACUUCAUCACUUAACUAUUUACUUAUUUAAGUUACUAAUCUCCUACUCACUAGUGACUAGUCUGAGUCUUGGACCUUUUGGUGCCAAGAUGUAACCCUUUUUAACUUUAAAAUAUCGAACUAUAAUAUUAUUUAUUGGCAUUGGAAACAAUUGAAUUUAACAACGGUUUUUAUUCUUUAUGAAUCAAAAUAAUAUCUCAGCAUUUAUACGAGAUAUAUUAACAUUGACAGAUAAAAAAAAGAGUUAUAUUUUGAAUCAUCAACUGUCAACAGAGAUUUAUGUUCAUUAACUCUCUGCAGUCUGACUAUAGAGAAAUGGUACAUAUAAGUACCAUAGAUUUUGUGGGUGGGUUAUUUAUUUUUUAACUUUUUUUUUUAUUGAAAAAAAUUAUUUAUUAUAUUUUAAUAAUUUGUUUCAUUGGUUUAAGUAUUUGUAAAAAAAUUAAAAUUAUUACAAAAUUUGAAAUUACUAUUUAAAAAAAAUAUUUUUGGAAACUUAUUCAGCGCGGAGUAUCCCUUGAAAGCUUCGCAGAUUUCCAAAAAAACAAAAAAUAUAAGUCUCACAAAAAAAAUUAAAUAGUAGUAUGAAUAUUGUCAAAUGAUUUUAAUUUCCCGAUUUAUCAAGGAGUUAUUUGUUUGUCUAAAGCAAUGUAUCCAAAUGGAGACUCUAAUCAUGAAAUUUAUCACGAUUUGCAUAUAAAAGUACCGACUAAUGCUAUCGUAAACAAGUAAGCUUAAUUUUAAUUAUCAUUUCCCGACUUUAAAAUUAAUAAUAAAACAAUAAAGUGAUAUUUUUAUAAUUUUAAUUGGCUGAAGUAUAUAUUAUCCAUUUAUACUUACAUUGAUAUAUUCUAUUUGAAUUAUAUUGAGUUUCAAUAAUUAUAUAAUAAAUAAAUAGCGUCGCUAUGCGAAAUAAAUAUUUUAAAAAAAUAGCGGAAAAUUUCGGUCGAUUGGAACUUGCGUAAUUAAAUAAAUUUAAAGUUAAGGACUUCUGAGUUAUUAACUAAAUAUAUUUCUUUAAAAUAUGUUACAGCCAAGAAUAAUCUUCUAAAUUUUCUAAUAUUGCAUAGUAGAAAUGUGUUUAAAUUUAAUUAUCAUUAUCGCUAGUCACUAGUAUUAGUAGAGACUACUGUCGGCAGAAUAAAAAAAAAAACAUUUAUGUUUUUAUUAAAAGCUCUCUAACUCUAUUGGGAAGGAGGAGAGAGAGACAAAAAUGCAGAUAUUGGAUCAAGAAGCCCUUAUUCCUUAUUGAUCCUAAAUAUUAAGCCUGGACUCCACCCUUUUACUGAGUUACAGAGUUACUGGAUGAAUAUCUUUGAAGAUUUUACCCUAAAAACAAGUGGUGGUAAGUUUUAAUCUAAUCACUUGGUAGCAAAAUGCAUAAAGAAUAAACUCACAAUAUUGUUAUAACAUAUGUUAUAAUGUAUUUUCUAUGUACAAUGGUUUACUUUUAUACUAAUUUAGGCACUUGGACUAGGAUUAAUGGUAUUUUCCCUUACUGAUAGCAUACCAUUACUGAUACCAUUAGUGUUAAUUUAUUUAUGAAUCAAUCAAAUUUUUUUUUUUCCACAGGUUCUUUAUUGAGUGAAUAUUCUGUGGUGAAAAAUCUUACCUAAUCUUAUGUAGAAAUCAAGUCCAGGACAAGCUCUUAUUUAUCAAAUAUAAUUAUUAUAAUAAAACUGCAGACUGUUUUAAGAAAUAAUAUUUGUUCAGAGUCCAUAAAUAUAAUUAAGGAAUACUGUAGUUUAUCAGCCUGUGUUAUGUGAGGAUUAUAACAAAGAUAUAUACAAAUGCCGGUACAUGGGAAAAAAUAGAUCACAUUAGUGAGGAAUGGAUCGUAUUUGACAUGUAUAUCAAAAUUAGCAUUAUUGUACUGAUACAUUUUAAUUUUUGUUAACUUUAACAUCAGCGAAUACCGCUAUUUUAAAAUAAAAAAAAAAAAUUGACUCUUGUUUUGAGUUAUUUAUAUAUUCAUCAAAUUUUAAUUAGUUAUCUUUUACUAAAGAAUUAUUAAAAAAUAUAUUUAAUAUACAAAUCUAUAAGCUAUGAGACCCAUUUUUUUUAAUAUAUUACAUACAAAACAUAAUUUUCAUUAAAAGAAAAAUUAAAGUGCAUUUUUUAGGAAAAAAAGACAAAAUAUAGGUUUUGCUAAAAUGUUGACAACUUUUUGAUUGUUCAAAGAAUUUUUGUCAUGUUUGACUAUGAAUUUUAUAAGUUGAUGAAGUAUUUUAUUUAAAUAAAUUUUAAAUCUUUUAUAACAAGGAUUUUUUUUUUCCUUCAUACUGUGUAAAGAUUUGGUCAAAUUUUAGCAUAAAAUGAAAAAAAAAUAAUUCUCCAAUAAUGUUUCAAUUAUUUUUAUAACUAAGAAAAUAAAAUAUACAAAAAAUAUCUUAUGAUAGCUGAGUCAAAGAUGAACAAGUUAAUAUAUUUAACUGAUCAGAUCAGAGCUAUUUCAGAUCAGUUAAUUAAUUAUUUUAAAAAAUCACAUUAAGAUUUUUAAGAGAUGUGAAAAAAACGUCAGAGUUAAGAAUAAAAAAUAAUUGUGUACAGACAUAUUUUCUUUGGUAUUUAUUUUGUCCAAUGUCUAAUGACAUGCAGCCAGCAAAUCAAAGACUUUCACUUUUUCAGCACAGACUCAAACAAUUUUUCAUCUCACUCAGACUUUGAUAACUGAGUGUGAUUUUUUUUAGCUGCCUUACUUACUACCUGGAUAAAGAAAGAGGUCCAUUGCCCCCCCCAUCUGUUUUUACCCCUUCAUGGGAAUGACACUAAACAAAAUAAAACGUCUUGGUUGAGAGGCAGACAUUGUGCAUAUUGUGCCACAGCAAACUCAGUACAUUAUUUACUGAAAAAAAUCAUGUUAUCAAUGCUAUUGGCAUUGGAAUAAUAAGUCAAUUUUUGUUUUAGAUUACUUUUAAAAGACAAAACUUUCACUGUCUUUGGCCAAUAAUAAAUGUCUGCAGUGAAAAAAAAUUAAAUUUGAUAUAUUUUACUAUUUUUACAGCAUCAAAUUAUUAUGAUGAGUUAUGAUUUGUCAUUGUCUUAAGACCAUCCACAUAAUAAAGUCACCCUAUUUUUGCUAAUAUUUUUACCCACUCUCCCCCAUCCUCACAAAUUGGUGACACCCCCCCCCCCCAAACUAAUUAAUUAAUAUUGAAUAAGAGUUUAAAUAAUGCGUGGUUAUAUAGUGUUUAAAUCGUUUCAAAUGACCAUCCACAUAAUAAAGUCACCCUAUUUUUGCUAAUAUUUUUACCCACUCUCCCCCAUCCUCACAAAUUGGUGACACCCCACCCCCCCAAACUAAUUAAUUAAUAUUGAAUAAGAGUUUAAAUAAUGCGUGGUUAUAUAGUGUUUAAAUCGUUUCAAAUGUUAUAUGCAUGGUCUAAACAUUAUUUAACAUUACAUUGUUUUAGAAUUUUAUAAAAACAGUUCUAGACUUAAAUUUACAGGGCCACAAUAGUAUUAUAUUUAACCAAGUAAUGUUUUCAUUCAUUAUUCAUCAAUUCCAUUUAUUUCACAGAGAAUUUCAAUGACCCCAUGAAGGCAUUGUGGACGUUGAUGUCCAGUAAAAUAAUGCACUCAAAAAUUUUAUCAGAGUUUAAGAUAUUGCACGUAUUGCUAUAUAAAAGAACGGGGCAGUUAAGAAAAGCUAAAUGCUUUCAACUAUUAAAGCGGGUGAGUACUUCAGGUUAUAGUUGUAAUGUCAAAAUUAUUACACAUUUUUUUUUUAAUCUAUGAUCAGCAAACAGUGAUAUUACCAGUGACCGGUACUAAGAAUGUUUUAAAAAAAAUAUAUUUUAACCAGUGACCGGUACUAAGAAUGUUUUUAAAUUAAAAAAAAUAUUUUAACCAGUGACCGGUACUAAGAAUGUUUUUAAAUAAAAAAAAUUAUUUUAAUUAUGUAGUAACUAAACAUUUGAAUAAAAAAAAUGCCCUCCAAAGGUGAGAAAUGAAACUGAAUAAUUAAUUUAAACUCUUGACAAAGUUAUCAAUAAGUUCAGUAAGAUUAUAUGAGAUUUAUUGGAAGUAUUAGGAUACAUUAACUAACACUUAUCCUCUUCACGUAUUAGGAUACAUUGACUAACACUUAUCCUCUUCAAGUAUUAGGAUACAUUAACUAACACUUAUCCUCUUCAAGUAUUAGGAUACAUUAACUAACACUUAUCCUCUUCAAGUAUUAGGAUACAUUGACUAACACUUAUCCUCUUCAUGUAUUAGGAUACAUUCACUAACACUUAUCCUCUUCAAGUAUUAGGAUACAUUGACUAACACUUAUUCUCUUCAAGUAUUAGGAUACAUUCACUAACACUUAUCCUCUUCAAGUAUUAGGAUACAUUGACUAACACUUAUCCUCUUCAAGUAUUAGGAUACAUUCACUAACACUUAUCCUCUUCAAGUAUUAGGAUACAUUCACUAACACUUAUCCUCUUCAAGUAUUAGGAUACAUUGACUAACACUUAUCCUCUUCAGGUUGAAGCCUGCUUAAAAAGGUGUGAAAAGUUUGACAAAGUCUUCAGCUUGAUGGCAUCACUCCACGAUGACCUAACAAGGUAGAGAAAAUAGAAUGUUUGAAAUUUGCUUUUCGUUAACUUUUACAAGUGCAAAUAUGUUUGACAAAUAAAUUUAUGAGCCUACAACAAAUAAGCAUUGAAUUUUUGUUCAGGAUUUAAUCCUGUGUCGGAUGCAUAUAUUUUUUUUGAAAGUUGGGGUAAAAAAUACGGUAGUUAGAUACGAUAAUUGUAUUGUGGGUACGUAAUAAUGUUUUUGUCCUUUUUCAAAAUUAAAAAUGGUGUUAAGAACUCUUUGAUGCAAGAUACAAUUUUUGCCUGACAGUGUCUAAGUAUUAGCAUUAUUUUCAUAAUUUGCUAUUAAAAAAUCAGUGUUAGUAAACAGUUUUAAAUUUAAAUAAUGGAAAGCUAGAUACAGUACCAAACUCCCUCAAGAAGUAUUUCUAGCAAAGAUGUGAUUGGUUUUAUGGAUAUGUUAUCCAGGACACUAGUCACUUCUUUAUUGGCUGGUAUUAACUGGUGCUCCAAACUAGGUAAUUUCUUUGCUUUCUACAAACACAAAUUUAAAAACGCAAAAUUUUACGUGCAUCUGUUGUUUUUUUUUACUUAACUCUCUGUGCUUAUUGUAACUGGACUAUUUCUAGACUUCAUUUUUCAUUCUGUGUCAAAGUAAAAUAUCAGGGGUCUUGUGCAUCAACUUGUGGAUCAACGUUAACUUCAAGACUUAGAAUGUUUAGGCUCUGUAUAUUUGUUGAACAAACAGCUCGAGUAACUGCCACGAUGUACACUUUUGAUGUCUUAUUUCAGUGCCAAUGCUGACGUAGCAGCAGGCAAACCGGUUGUUUAUCUACCGCCACAGCAGACCUGGUCGUAUCUGCUUUACCUUCAAACAGUCUAUGUCAAGCUACUAGAAGCCACAAUUAGUUAUUGUGUGUGUGCCUUUGAGUAUCCUUUUUUUCUGAACUACUUCAAGAGAUCAUAACUCCAAAGCUAUAUUUUCAUUUCGACUUAAAUAUACUUACUUAUAAGUAUAAGCUAGGACUUAGGAAUCAUUUCAAGUUAUAUAUACUUAUGAAAGUUAUAAGCUAGGACUUAGGAAUCAUUUCAAGUUAUAUAUAUGCUUAUGAAAGUUGUAAGCUAGGACUUAGAAAUUAUUUCAAGUUAUAUAUACUUAUGAAAGUUAUAAGCUAGGACUUAGCGAUACCCAUGCUAAAGUUUUAAUUAAUUUCUUUGUCAGUCCUACUGUCUAAUGUUAUUUAGUUUUAAUUGUAUCUGCAUAUCUUAACCACCUUGGUAGACAUCUUAGUAACCAGUUUGCAUUAGGAUGGUUAAUUCCUUCUAUGGUUUUAUAUAUGACAGUGACUGCAAGAAUAUGGUACGAAUUAUUUAUGAGAUAACCACUACUCAUUAAGACUAUUAAGAGAAAAUGAUUAUGUUAACUCUGAAAGGAGCCAUUCCCACACGGACCGGAGGAUUGAAAUUUUAUAAUCUCAUGAUAAAGUUCAUUUGAAAGCAGUAAGAUUUAUAAUAAAGGAGACAUAUUGAAACACGUGGCUAUGUAUACAAAAAACCUGAAUAAAAAAUGUCAGUUUUCACUUUUCCAGCUUAUAAACCCGUAUGUCAGAGAAGUCAAUUUAAACUUUCCCAGCUUAUAAACCCUUAUGUCAGAGAAGUCAGUUUUCACUUUCCCAGCUUAUAAACCCUUAUGUCAGAGAAGUCAGUUUUCACUUUCCCAGCUUAUAAACCCUUAUGUCAGAGAAGUCAGUUUUCACUUUCCCAGCUUAUAAACCCGUAUGUCAGAGAAGUCAGUUUAACCUCAGGUAUAAAAUGUUUCAAAAUUUCUUGUAUGCUUUCUGAAAAUUAGAGUUCGAUUCCAUUACAUCCUUACACAACCAUUGUUUUAAAGAUGGUCUCGCUAUUAAAUCUUUCAGGCUCCUCAGUGGACGUUUGUCUGAGAAGUUGGUUAAAUUCUACAAUGAACUCUACCCUUACAAGGCCUGUUUUGAGCGUACCAAUUCCACAUGGGUAAUUAAUUAUGAGAUUUUGAUGACCAUUACAGAAUCAUUUAUAGAUUGGAUUCAGUCAUUGUAAUUUUGUUUCAUUUAGAUUUGAUUUUGAUAUUUCCUCAGCAAUGGUAAAAGAUAUCUGUAAAAUUCAAUGAGGGUAGAUUGUCCAAAGGAUUUAAAAUGUACUAUUUUGGUCUAGUUUGACCUGUUGACUGCAGCUAAUAAUAUUGACAAUCUGAAAGCAGCAACUGUUUUUUUCAUGCCCAAAUUUUAUUUCAUCAGCAAGAGCCGGAGCUUCCAUCUAACAUUUGCUGCACCUUUAGCAUGAAUGCUUCAAAGGAUAUGGAAAGGUAACUCUUUUAAUAUCAGUCUGUUGUUAGUUAACACUGAUUAGGAAUGUUUAAUUAGAAAAUUAUUUUUGUUUCUUUAUUCUAAAUGCCGGUAGCAUUCUUUGACAAUGUUCUUUUCUAGUCUUAUUGUUUGACAUUUGUACACCAUCAUAAUCGCGUGCCUCCCAAAAAGUAGAAAACUGGCACAUGCUUACAGUUUUAAAGGUUUCUAAUGAUAAUAUCGGAUAAUAACAGGGCCACAUCCAUAUAAAUUUUACUGUCCAACAUAAUCUUUGUAUCUCUUGUUACAGGGACAUUUUAUUUUUACUUAACAUCUUUUGUUUUGUGUUUACUCUUCCUCGUGUCAAAUACCGUAUUCUCCAACAAUGAAAAGUCAUAAUUUAUGAGAUGAUCUAUUUCAACUCAAAAUAUAUGAGAUGUGCUAAAACUAUUUCCUGUUAUUUUGAUAAAAAUGUUUUUUUUAAAAAGUAUUUGUAAUUGGGUGCACUGGGUUUCAAUUUUGUCCAGGUUUUCUAAAGAAAGUUUGAAUGACACCGCUAAGCCAGAGAUUGUAACAGGCAAGCAAAGUGAACAUGAGUUAUGCCAAGAUGAAGACUUUGGAGGUAAAAGUUCAAGCAGAUCAUCGCAGAUUAGAAAAUAGAUAAAUACUGGAUCCAUUAUUUUUGUUCAAUUGUACAAUUCAUUUAUAAAUACAUUUAGUGAGUGAGCUUGGGUGUGUCAUAAAUUGAGAAUGACGCUGUCACUGUCACGAAUGUAUGGCAAAUAAUUUAAAAUGGCCUUUUUAAUUGGCUGGCAUAGUCAAAUUUGUUAAAUUCCACAAAUACAGUACCGUAUGCACCAAAAUAUCUAGUACUGAAAUGAAAAGACUAAUAUAACAUUUUAGCUGUUUCUGUAAAAUAACAUCCUUGUGGUCAAAACCAAGCGAGCUAGUUGACUGGUAAAUAAUUUAGCCGUCCGAGUGAAUUGGACAGUUGUUAGAGAACCACACAUUUAUCUAGAAAUGUGGAUCUUUGUAUCUGUACAUUAUCCGGGCUCCCAUAUCUGUUAACAUUAGGUAAGCUGUAUCAAGUAUAGAAAUGCACCUUUGUCCUUAAACAUUUUGGAGUUCUAUAUGAUAUUGAGUUUCAAGGCCAUUGUCCUAAGACAUUCAUUGAGGCUAAUGCGGCCCCUGCCGGAGAACAUGUGCAUGAUUCUCAUUUGUUGAAACAGUUACCGCAAACCUGUUAACUCUCAAACCCUUAAAAUCGUACAAUAUCAUCACAAAAUCGUUCAAUGCCUUAUAUUUAUACCCGGUAGUAAAAAAAUAAACAUACAGUGUAUAUAAUGUAUACACCUCAAAAUCGGAGAUUGUACGCCGAAAUCGUAAGAGUUAACAGGUCUGUUACUGGCUGACCAGACUUUCCCUCAGCACACUACCAGACGUCAAAAUUUCGUGGCAAUAGACGGCAUAACCCUGUCACUUGGUGCCGUCUUAUUAAAUCUUUUUUGGAAUUGUCCUGACAACUUUUUCAAACUCCGCCCUCCCUUCACCACCAUUUCUGUACCGGUACGAGCCGGAAUGGUUCUCAAACUAUGAGUACUUUUCUCAUGGUCAAGAUAGACAUUACCAUCAACUUCCUAUUCACCACUGGGAACACAUGGUGGCCAGCACUAUGGCGGAGAUGCAUGAGUUUCAGUCUGUAUAAUUUGGUGCGUAACGUACAUUGAUUGGGAAAUUAGCCGUAACACAGCCUUUUGGAUUUUCUUGCCAGUCGUGCAUGCAGUUAUCUGAUUUGACUCAUUACAUUUACCGAAACCAGUACUAUUAGUACUAUUUACUUAUUCUGAAACUGUUCUUUUCUCUUUGUCCAUUCAGUACCAGUCACAAUUCAAAGAACGAAAGAAGAAACAGGCCGCUUCGGUGAAAAUAAAAGAAAAAAUUACGAAGAAGAAUGCAAAGGAACUUCUAAACCUCCAGUGUUUAAAAAGAAGAAAACGAAACGAACUAAACAGACAUCAUCCAGUAACUUGCAAGCAGACGUGCAAAGGGAACCAAAAAAGAAAAAAACUGCCAGAGAUGGUUCAGAACAUAAAGAACAGAACAACAAUGUUGAAGACGUCGGGGUGGUGAAAGAAGCAAAGAAAAGAAAAGCUCUGAUUACUUCUGAAGAACGGGGAAGCACGCAGAAGAAAAGAAAUAAGGAAUCAGGCAUUUCAUUCAAAGCAGAGAAAGGACCUGCCAAUGCGAUGGACACAAAAACAACCAAGAAAAAAAAGAAAGCCAAAAUUCCAGCUGAAACCCAAGGAGGCCUUGAAGUGGAGAAGAACCGAAGUCUUUCACAGGCAGACCAACAAAGUGCUCUUCAAUCAGCCAAAGGAAAAAAACUUAAGAAGAAAAGAAAAAAGAAAAAUAAAUUGAAUAAGAAAUAAAUAUUAAAUUGUUAAAACUUUGGUGAAUGAAAAGAAAGUGAGAUGACCACUACAGCUAAGGAAGUCUUUAUCAGCCAACAGUUGCCAGUAACUAGGGCUGUUCAAAGUGUCAACCAAAUUGAUGAGCAGAAGGGGCCAAUCCAAUAGGUUGAAAUAAUGUUCCUGGUUUUAAAUAAAUGUCAUGAAUGCUCAGAUGAAAAAUGACACGGGAGGAGGAAGGAUGUGUUGGCACAACUUUGGGGCAAAAAAAGCAAUGUAAGUAAGUAUAGUGACAUCAAUGGGACAUGUUUGUUGACAGUGGCUGGAAGGUGGUGUUACUAAAUGUGAGACUCCCCUCCCCAUGGGGGGCCGUGGUUGUUGACAGUUGCUGGCAGGUGGUGUUACUAAAUGAGAGACUGCCCUCCCCAUGGGGGGCCGUGGUUGUUGACAUGUCUGUUGACAGUUGCUGGCAGGUGGUGUUACUAAAUGAGAGACUCCCCUCCCCAUGGGGGGCUGUGGUUGUUGACAGUUACCGGUAACAUAAUGUGUAUAAACAUAGCAUAGUAUGGGCCAACAUUCUCAAGGCGGUAGUGGUUAACAAUAAUGAAUCUUGCAUUAUUUACUUAGAAGUUCAUGAUUUAGAUCUCAUAUUAUUAACUUUGGCACUGACGAUUUCAGGAAAUCUAUUACUAUUAUUAUUAUAUUUUUCCUCAAUUAUGCAUUAGACUUUGACCUUGAAUUCCAUAAAUUAAUU